AUGUCCCUUGCCAACAAGCUUUCAGUCAAAGACCUCAAUUUCGCAGGAAAAAGAGUGUUUAUUAGAGUCGACUUCAACGUCCCAUUGGACGGUGACAAGAUCACCAACAACCAGAGAAUCGUCGCUGCAUUGCCAACCAUCAAGUAUGUGUUAGAUCACAAGCCAAAGGCGGUUGUUCUUGCUUCGCAUUUGGGCAGACCAAACGGAGAAGUCAACCUCAAAUAUACCUUGAAGCCUGUUGCCACCGAAUUGGAGUCCCUUUUGGGCCAAAAGGUGAAUUUCUUGAAGGACUCUGUUGGGCCAGAAGUGGAGUCUGCUGUCAACGGUGCUUCUGACGGAGAGGUGUUCCUUUUGGAGAACUUGAGAUUCCACAUCGAGGAGGAAGGUUCUAAGAAGACUUCCGAGGGCAAGGUCAAGGCCUCGAAGGAGGACGUCGAGAAGUUCAGAAAACAGCUCACUGCUUUGGCCGACGUUUACGUUAACGACGCUUUUGGUACUGCUCACAGAGCUCACUCUUCCAUGGUUGGAAUUGAGCUCAAGGAGAGAGCUGCUGGUUUCUUGAUGGCCAAGGAGUUGGAGUACUUCUCCAAGGCUUUGGAGAACCCAGUCAGACCAUUCCUGGCUAUCUUGGGAGGUGCCAAGGUGUCUGACAAGAUCCAAUUGAUUGACAACCUGCUUGAGAAGGUCGAUAUCUUGAUCAUUGGUGGUGGUAUGGCCUUCACCUUCAACAAGAUCAUCAACAAAAUGAACAUUGGUAAGUCGUUGUUUGACAAGGAGGGUGCUGAGAUCGUUCCAAAGUUGGUUGAGAAGGCUAAGAAGAACAACGUCGAGAUCAUUUUGCCUGUUGAUUUCGUCACUGCUGACGACUUCUCGCCAGAUGCCAAGGUCGGUUACGCCACUUUGGAGGAAGGAAUCGCCGACGACUUGCAAGGUCUGGACAACGGCGAGAAGUCCGCCAAGUUGUACGCCGACGCCAUUGCCAAGGCCAAGACCAUCGUCUGGAACGGACCUCCUGGUGUGUUUGAGUUUGAGGCUUUCUCCAAGGGUACCAAGGGUAUGCUUGAAGCCUGUGUUAAGAGCGCACAAGCCGGCAACACCGUCAUCAUUGGUGGUGGUGACACUGCCACCGUUGCCAAGAAGUUCGGCGGAGCAGACAAGCUUUCCCACGUCUCUACCGGAGGAGGAGCUUCUUUGGAGCUUUUGGAAGGUAAAGAGCUUCCUGGUGUUGUUGCUUUGGGCAACAAGGCUUAA